UUUCAUCGCAGAUUCUGAAGGAGGAACAAGUUAAACGUUUUAAAGAAAUUAAUAAAUAAGCAUUAAAAACGUUAAAUUAAGUUAUGUUUUACUGAAAAACAGUUAAUAUAGAUGCUUAGCAACUAAAUGAAGAUGAAGUAGAUGAUAAACGAGUGAACAAAAAAAUCUGAAUAAAAAUGUAUCUGUACAAUUUGACACUUCAACGUGCGACUGGCAUCACAACAGCCAUUCAUGGAAAUUUCUCAGGCUCAAAAAUACAGGAGAUACUCAUUUCGCAUGGGAAAAGCUUGGAACUACUAAGACCUGAUCCGAAUACAGGAAAAGUCCAUACAUUGUUGCAAACUGAAAUAUUUGGCGUUAUUCGCUCAAUGGUCGCUUUUCGUCUAACUGGAUCAACAAAAGAUUAUGCUAUUGUUGGAUCAGAUUCGGGAAGAAUCUUAAUUGUGGAAUAUAAUCCGAGUAAAAAUCAGCUUGUUAAGGUACAAUUAGAGACUUUUGGAAAGUCGGGAUGUCGUCGAAUUGUACCUGGACAAUAUUUGGCAGUAGAUCCAAAAGGUCGUGCCGUAAUGAUUGGAGCAAUCGAGAAGCAAAAACUAGUUUUCAUAUUAAACAGAGAUUCCGAAAAUCAUUUAACCAUUUCAUCGCCAUUGGAAGCACAUAAAUCGAAUACACUCUGUUAUCAUAUGGUCGGAAUUGAUAACAAUUUUGAUAAUCCAAUGUUUGCGUGCUUAGAAAUAGAUUAUUCUGAUAUUGAUACUGAUCCGACUGGCGAAUCAGCUGCAAGAGCUAAACAAAUCAUUACAUUCUAUGAACUGGAUCUUGGAUUAAAUCAUGUUGUAAGAAAGUAUCAUGAGGAACUUGAUGAACAUGCAAAUUUCUUAAUAAGCGUCCCCGGUGGAAGUGACGGUCCAUCGGGUGUUCUUAUUUGCUCUGAAAAUUAUGUGACUUACAAAAAUACAGGAGCUCAAGCUGAUAUUCGAUGUCCAAUUCCACGUAGACGUAACGAUUUGGAUGAUCCAGAAAGAGGAAUGAUUUUUAUAUGCUCAGCAACUCAUCGUACAAAAUCAAUGUUUUUCUUCUUGCUACAAACUGAACAAGGCGAUAUCUUUAAAGUAACAUUAGAUAUGAAUGAGGAAGCUGUAUCUGCGAUCAAAUUAAAAUAUUUCGAUACAGUUCCGCCAGCAAUUUCUAUGUCUGUUUUAAAGUCUGGAUUUCUAUUUGUUGCUUGUGAAUUUGGUAAUCAUUAUUUGUAUCAAAUUGCUCAUUUGGGUGACGAUGAAGAAGAACCAGAAUUUAGCAGUGCAAUGCCUUUAGAAGAAGGAGAUACAUUCUUCUUUGCUCCACGCCCACUCAAAAAUCUCGUUAUGGUCGAUGAAAUUCCAUCUUAUGCACCAAUUCUUGGAAGUACAGUUGCUGAUUUAGCAAAUGAAGAUACACCGCAAUUGUAUUUAGCUUGUGGACGAGGACCUCGAUCAUCAUUAAGAGUUUUACGUCAUGGAUUGGAAGUAUCAGAGAUGGCUGUAUCAGAAUUGCCUGGAAUUCCGCUAUCAGUUUGGUCUAUAAAGAAGAGAAUAGACGAUGAAUUUGAUGCAUACAUUAUUGUAUCUUUCGUCAAUGCCACACUUGUCUUGUCCAUUGGUGAUACUGUUGAGGAAGUAACAGAUAGUGGUUUUCUUGGAACGACUCCUACAAUUUGUUGCGCUGCUUUGGGUGAUGAUGCUUUAGUCCAAAUCUAUCCUGACGGUAUAAGACAUAUUCGAGCAGACAGAAGAGUCAACGAGUGGAAGGCACCAAAUAAGAAAACUAUCAUUCGGUGUGCUGUCAAUCAACGUCAAGUUGUCAUUGCUCUUUCUGGCGGAGAUCUUGUCUAUUUUGAAAUGGAUCCUACUGGACAAUUGAACGAGUUUACAGAACGAAGAAAGAUGAUGGCUGAUAUACUCUGUAUGUCAUUGGCAUCAAUUAAACCUGGUGAAUUACAAUCUGCAUUUUUGGCUGUUGGAUUAGCUGAUAAUACAGUUCGAGUUAUUUCACUUCAACGGCAAGAUUGUCUACAGCCACGAAGUAUGCAAGCCUUACCAACAGCUCCAGAGUCUUUAUGCUUAGUUGAAAUGGGUAUUGGAGAAGCUGAAGAAGGAGAAGAUUUAUUGAUGCGUAAAGGAGCAAUUGAGAAAGGUUCUCUUUAUCUGAAUAUUGGAUUGCAUAAUGGAGUAUUAUUAAGAACUGUUUUGGAUCCAACAUCUGGUGAUCUUACCGACACAAGAACUCGAUAUUUAGGUUCACGACCAGUUAAAUUAUUUAGAAUAAAAGUUCAAGGAACUGAAGCAGUACUUGCAAUGUCAUCAAGAACAUGGUUAAGUUAUUAUUAUCAAAAUCGAUUCCAUUUAACGCCAUUAAGUUAUGAGACAUUAGAAUAUGCAUCUGGAUUUUCGUCUGAACAAUGUUCCGAAGGUAUUGUCGCUAUAUCCACAAAUACAUUGAGAAUUUUAGCACUAGAAAAAUUGGGUGCAGUUUUCAAUCAAAUUUCAUUUCCUCUUGAAUAUACGCCCAAACGAUUUGUCGUACAUAACGAAUCGUCGAGAUUAAUUAUAAGCGAGACUGAUCAUAAUGCAUACACAGAAGCAACAAAGAAUCUAAGAAAACGUCAAAUGGCUGAAGAAAUGAUUGAGGCAGCAGGCGAAAAUGAACAGGAAUUAGCACAAGAACUUGCUGAUGCAUUUAUAAGCGAAGUAUUGCCUGAAGAUACAUUCUCGUCACCAAAAGCUGGCUAUGGAAUGUGGGCAUCACAAAUUAGAAUUAUGGAUCCAGUUAAAGGUCAGACAUUAUUUAAAGUUCCACUUGAACAAAAUGAAGCAAUUAUGUCGAUGUGCUUAGUCAAAUUUGUUACUGAUGGAAAGAACUAUUUAGCAUGUGGUGUCGUUAAGGACAUGCAACUUAAUCCAAGACAAAUUGGAUGUGGAUAUAUUGAUCUUUAUCGUGUCGAUAAUCAAUGUGCAACAUUAAAUCUCAUUCAUAGAACUGAAGUUGAGGAUAUUCCAUCUGCGAUGUGUCCAUUUCAAGGCCGAUUGCUGGUUGGCGUCGGUAAAGUUUUAAGAAUUUAUGAUUUAGGCAAGAAAAAGUUGUUGAGAAAGUGUGAGAAUAAACAUAUCCCGAAUCAAAUUGUUAAUCUACAGACGAAAGGUCAACGAAUCUUUUGUUCGGAUGUCCAAGAAAGCGUUUAUUGUAUCCGAUAUAAAAGAAAUGAGAAUCAAAUGAUAAUUUUUGCUGAUGAUACAUUCCCUCGAUGGAUUACAUGUACAGCAAUGCUUGAUUAUGAUACAGUCGCAACAGGUGAUAAGUUUGGAAACUUGGCAAUUUUAAGAUUACCGCAUUCAAUUAAUGAUGAUGUUGAUGAAGAUCCUACAGCUACAAAAUCACUAUGGGAUCGUGGAUUAUUAAAUGGAGCAUCUCAAAAGGCUGAAAAUAUCAUCACAUUCCAUAUUGGUGAGAUUCCUAUGUCAUUACAACGAUCUAUGUUAAUUCCCGGCGGUCCCGAGCUGCUUAUUUAUACAACAUUAAGUGGAACAAUUGGAGCUUUAGUUCCGUUUACUAGUCGAGAAGAUUUUGAUUUCUUCCAACAUUUAGAGAUGCACAUGAGGAAUGAGAAUCCACCACUUUGUGGACGUGAUCAUUUAAGCUAUCGAUGCUACUAUUAUCCUGUGAAAAAUGUCAUUGAUGGAGAUCUAUGUGAACAAUUUACAUCGUUGGAUCCAGUCAAGCAAAAAAGUAUUGCUUCAGAUUUAAGUCGCUCAACAACGGAAGUAGCUAAGAAGUUGGAAGACAUCCGAACACGAUAUGCGUUUUAAAUUUUCAUCAUCACAAUAAUUUAGGCUUAAUAAGAUGUACAAAGACUUGUUUGGUAUUUCCUUUCUUAAUUUGAGAAGCAAGAGAUUUUUGCGAAACAUCAAUUUAUAUGAAUAUUAUGGACGUGUAAAAAUAUUAAUUAAGCAUUCAAAUAAACAAUAAAUACCUAAUAAAACGA